ACCCACAGGCACAGAUUGCACUGGUUAAGCAAGGCUUUGAGCUGCCUCCUCGCAUCUCUCGCUCUCUUUUGCUUUCAUUCGACUUUGUUCCUGCUUGUCCCUUUGAGACAAUCCCAAGCUAGCAGCAGCCCAGAAAGCUGCAGAGGCAUCACACCCCCUGGGGACGGUGGCUCCUGCAGCCCGCGCUGCCCAUCCACUGGAGAGACGAGGACAGUCGCCCCCAUGGACGCCAGCGUACAGAAACCGCUCCUGGGAGCGCCCAGCUCAGCGUAUCAGACCUUCCCUCAGAGGGAUGCCCACCAGCUGGACCGGGAAUACAUCAGAACCCUUCAAAACAAGCGGCUCUUUCUAGCAGCUUUCGCUGCCGUCCUGGGGAACUUCAAUUUUGGGUACGCGCUGGUUUACACGUCCCCUGUGAUCCCUGCCUUGGAAACAUCCAACAUCCCCGCCUUGAAAAUCACCCGGGUGGAGGAAUCCUGGUUUGGGUCCGUGUUCACGCUGGGAGCUGCCGCCGGAGGCCUCAGCGCCAUGCUCCUGAAUGACCGCCUGGGUCGGAAGCUGAGCAUCAUGUUCUCAGCCGUCCCUUCUGCUGUCGGAUACGCCUUCAUGGGCAGUGCCCAGGGAGUCUGGAUGCUGCUGCUGGGGCGGCUGCUGACGGGCUACGCAGGCGGCGUGACGGCGGCAUCCAUACCGGUCUAUAUUUCCGAGAUCUCUCACCCUGGGGUCAGAGGAGCUUUGGGCGCCUGCCCUCAGAUCAUGGCUGUCCUUGGCUCCCUCAUCCUGUAUGCACUGGGCCUGAAGCUCUCCUGGCGCUGGCUGGCCGUGGCUGGGGAGGUGCCGGUUCUCACUAUGAUCAUCCUGCUCUGCUUCAUGCCCAACUCGCCCCGUUUCCUCAUCUCGAAGGGGAAGAACGACGAGGCGGUCGGGGUGCUGCGCUGGCUCCGGGGACAGAACACGGAUUUCCGCCGGGAAUUUGAGCAAAUCAAAGAAAGCGUGAGGCAACAGAGCAGACGGAUUUCCUGCGCGGAGAUCAAGGACCCAUUCAUUUACAAGCCAAUCCUGAUCGCGGUGCUAAUGAGGUUCCUGCAGCAGCUCUCAGGCGUCACCCCCAUCCUGGUGUAUUUGCAGUCGAUAUUUCAGAGCACAGCUGUGAUACUGAAGCCGGAGUACGAUGCAGCUAUCGUAGGGGGAGUUCGCUUGGCAUCUGUGCUCAUCGCCGCCGUCUCUAUGGACAAAGCUGGGAGGAAAAUUCUUCUCUUCGUAUCAGCUGGGAUCAUGUUUGCCUCAAACCUGAUCCUGGGGCUCUACAUCCACUACAUGUCGCUGCCUUCUCACAACUCUACCAUGGCCGUCAUUAAUGGAACCCUAGUGAAUCCAGAAAGCCUUACUGCAGAGCCCUCCAGCUACAUCACCCUCAUCCCUCUGGUGGCUACCAUGCUCUUUAUAAUGGGUUAUGCCAUGGGCUGGGGUCCCAUCACCUGGUUGCUGAUGUCAGAGAUCCUCCCUCUGAAGGCCCGUGGGGUGGCGUCAGGCCUCUGUGUCCUCGUGAGCUGGCUCACGGCCUUUGCGCUGACUAGAUUCUUCCUGCUGGUCGUGCAAGACUUCGGCCUUGAAGUCCCGUUCCUGUUCUUUGCGGUCAUCUGCGCAGGGAACCUCAUCUUCACAGGUUGCUGUGUCCCAGAGACCAAAGGCCGAUCCCUGGAGCAAAUCGAAUCCUACUUCAGGACUGGGCGGAGAUCCUUUAUGAGGAACCACAUAUGAGGAUCCUUUAGGAGCACCACCCUUCAGCUGAGCUUUCAAAACAAAAUCUGACAUGCAAGGGCACAAGAAAAUUUUUGUGCUGGCAUUUUCUCUGUGCCAAUAAGGUGUGCAUACAUCAGGCAUGCAGGCUUGUUGGUGACUUGUUGGUGACUGUCUAAUUUUGGAUGGAACCAUUGUCUUUGAGAAUCACACACUGAAAUUUCACUUCCUUUUCAUGAGUCACUCAACACUAGUCUAAGGGACCUUUGGUCUCUGGACAGAAUGUUAACGACCUGGAAUUUCUAUCUGUGCUGCUAAUUUUAACCUACAUAACAAUACCAGCUCCAACACAGUACUGGAUGUAAAGAGAGCUCCUUAAAGACAAACAAACAAGAGUCUGUGGACCAGAGAAAACCAGCAGUUUCUUAACACAGCCUGUAAGAGCAAAGCAGCCCAGGGGAAGCAGGAUUUGAAACAAGAGCUUACAUUGUCGGCCACUGCCCAAGGUGGGCUGGCAAAGGCCCCUCAUGAAUUGUAACAAUAAAGUGGUUUUGACGCCAAUGAUCGUGG